CGAAGAAUACUGUAGGCUUGUGUAGAGCGCACAGGGCUGAUACCAAUAUCGCAACAUUGUAGCUUGCAAUGUAUCUUAUAUCAGAAUAUGGAAAUUCGUCACAUAUUUGAAACAUUGUAUUACUCCGCCGAAUUGACUAACCCAGAGACUAAACUUUUGUCAUCCCUAUUUCUCUUUGGGUCCAGACGCCAUCUGGCGUUUGUUUAACGUAUCAACAUCAGAUGGCAGCAUUCACCACCACUGUCCCUGAGAGACAUGUGAUUUGGGAAGCAGAGCAGCUCGUGGCCUUCCUACACCCUCGCCCCUGGACCCCAGGGACUACUGUGGUGACCCUAAAGACUAACGGAGGCCCAAGUAGUCUCUUCGAGCUGCCUGAGCCAGACUUCCUCACCCUGCUGCUGGGAGCACAGCAGGUGGGGGCUCUGCUAUGCGAGCGCCUCUGCGUCAGACGCUGUGCCCUCAUCCACCGCCCCAGCAGGUCGGACCAGGGUCCCCCCCAGCUGCACUUGCUGCCCCUGCACGGUCUGGAGGCCGACUGGAGGCCUCAUCUGGCCGCCAAGGAGGACUUCCAGCAGCAUGACCCGGGCUACUGCAGCUCCAAGAGUGGCCCGCGGUGGGAUACCGCGCGUCUCGAGGAGAUGCGCGGCCGCAUCCGCGCCAAGCUUCCAGCGCCGGAGGCCCCACCCAGCUACGCCUUCCACGGCGACGACCCAGCGCACCCUGGGUUGUUCUCACUGAUCGUGCGUGGCGAGGAGCAGCAGUGGCGCGUGUGGGAGGACGACGGGCAUGUGGCGUUCCUCACCCCCUUCCCCAACACCCCCGGCCUGACCGUGGUGGUACCACGGCGGCCGCUGACCAGCGACAUCCUCCGGCUGGAGGAGAAGGACUACAGGGGCCUGGCUCUGGCCACGCGGAAUGCUGCCCAGCUGCUUAGGGAGUCGCUGGGAGCGUGGGCGGUCGCGCUUAUCUUCGAGGGCUUUGAGAUUGACUAUGCCCAUGCUAAGCUCAUACCACUGACUGAGCCUGGGGGCAACGGAACCCACUGCCCCCCCAGCCCCCCACCAGAGUUCUGUGAGAUUUACCCCGGCUAUGUAACAUCAGCCAACGGCCCUCUGGCCAGUCCAGAGACCCUUAGAAAGAUGCAAAUCACACUGGCAAAGGUCUAACAGAUAAAGCCGUGCUUGUCUGAAUGACCUCUUAUUAGAGAUCAGUAUCAAGAUUCAAGAUUUAAGUUUUGAGAUUCAACAUUUCUUUUAUUACAUCUCAUUAUAGGUUUAUAAUAGAGUAAAAUUUGUUGUGUUUUUUUCUCCUCAAAAAAUAAAUAAAUGUAAGGGUGUGUGUGUGUUUGAAGAAAAAAAGUGGCUUGUUGUCUUCAGCAUGGGUUCAGCAAUCUAACUGCUUGGUGAAAAAAACUACUUCGGAGUCUGGUGGUACGAGCUUUCAAGCUUCUAUAUCGUUUGCCAGAUGGUAAUAGCUCAAAUAGUUCAUGUUUGGGAUGACUAGGAUCAUUAGAGAUUUUUUUGCCUUCCUAAUGCAUCACAAACAUUUGCCAAUAUUUUGUACGUCAAACAAAAGACUGCAAGUGGAUGUAUUAAUUUGUAUACUUGACCCAAUUGAUAAUGUGCCUUCCACGUUGCCUAUUUGCCUAUAGUGGGAACAUGUUGUGUGAGUCAUGCUAGGGCCGUAGGCAAAUACCAGAGCAUGGCAGUGUAAACAAUAAAAGCCAUCAGCUCGUUUCGACAUGGCGCUUCCUUUAGUUAAGCCUUUUUUAUCCUUUUCUUUGAAUCAGUUUCUCGUUAAAGACAAACAUUAAUACACAUUUAUUCCACAUUGUACAUUGAUACGGUUUGCAAAAAUAAAAACAUGCACCUAAUCCUCA